AGAUGCUCGAAUGAUAAAGCUUUAAAGACAAAGGCUAUCCCACAAGGCUUUGCGUAUUAUUUUACGAGAAAAGACAGAGGCGGUAGUCGCCAUAUUAGCUAUCAUCAAAGGGAAAGGUUGUGUUAGUGAAAGCGUGAUGGCGUACAACGGACACCCAGCGAAAAGAAUAAAAACAGAGCCUGAUGCACGGGGAUAUGGAUAUGGGUAUGCUCCAAAUAGGGGUGGUGGACGAGGGCAAGAUGAAGACCGGGUAAACCACAUUUUGCUAAUGACUAUUCUUAAUCCCGCAUAUCCCAUCACUGUGGAUGUUAUUCACACCAUCAGUAGUCCAAGUGGGAAAGUGCAAAGAAUUGUCAUUUUCAAAAAGAAUGGAGUACAGGCAAUGGUUGAAUUUGACAGUGUAGAAUCUGCGAAACGAGCAAAGCAGUCAUUGAACGGAGCUGAUAUUUAUUCAGGAUGCUGCACGUUGAAAAUUGAAUAUGCCAAGCCCAAAAGACUAAACGUGUUCAAAAAUGACAAUGAAAGCUGGGACUACACGAAUCCUACCCUUGGAAAAGCACCAGGCAAUGAAAGACCUGCCCUUCUCCAGGAACCUCCACGUUUUGGAGGUGGUCCACAGAAUUUUACUGAAGGAGGACGUGGGCCACCAGUUGCUCCAGGAUAUGGGCCAGACAGAGGCGAUGGAUUUGAUGGAUACGAUAAUUCUGGACCUCGUUCAGUACCUCCAGCACCUGGGGGUUAUGGAGCAGGCGAGCCCUAUGCACCACAGGAUCGUUACGGUGGACCACCACCACCAGAUAGGUUUGGAAGAUUUGGAGGAGGAAGAGAUGCUUAUGAUGGCCGCCCUGAAGGACCACCACCUGGCCCACCAGGACCACGUGGUCCAGGCUAUGGACCUAUGGGUGGACCCCCACCUGGAGGAGCUGGUCCUCAUCAAGGUUCUGUUAUGAUGGUGUAUGGUUUAAAUCCAGAGAAGAUGAAUGCCGACAAACUGUUUAAUCUGUUCUGUCUAUAUGGGAAUGUGAUCAGGAUCAAGUUCUUAAAGAGUAAAGAAGGUUGUGCCAUGAUUCAGAUGGGAGACCCAAUUGCUGUAGAAAAAAGUGUCACCCACAUGAAUGGAGCCAUGUUUUUUGACCACAAGAUGAAUUUAGGCUAUUCCAAACAAGCUUUCCUGAAUGAUGUUCAGCAACCAUACGAACUUCCUGAUGGCACUCCCUCUUUCAAAGACUACAUGGGGAACAAAAAUAACCGUUUCACGACCCCAGAAGCAGCCAUGAAGAAUCGGAUUGCACCACCUUCCAAGAUGCUUCAUUUCUUCAACACCCCAAGUGGAAUUACUGAAGAUGAAUUGAAAAAGCUAUUUGAGGAUGCUGGGGUGAAGCCACCUGUGUCUGUGAAAAAAUUCCAGUCAAAAUCUGAGAGAAGCUCAUCCGGACUACUGGAGUUUGCUGGAGUGUCUGAUGCCCUUGAAGCUCUGGCUGUUGUCAACCAUAAGGCUAUUCCCAACCCUGAUAGCAAAUUUCCAUACAUCACCAAACUGUGUUUUUCAACCACUGGACCACGCUUUUAGAUAUCAUUAAGUAUGAUGCCAUUUUAAUGUUUAACGUUUCCUGCACUUCAAACUUCAGUGGGCUCUGUUGGUGUUUGUCUCAACUAGUCUUAGACAAGAUGUUAAGGAGACUGUUUUUUUUUAAAUGUUCAUUUUAGUAAACAGUUUUACCUCUGCAUACUUACACUUGCAUCAUUAAUCACCAUUGUCAAAAUAUAGAAAUUGAUGACUUCCUUUUGUGGAUAUUCAUUGGUUAAACUGUCAAGUCUUGUCUUGUAAAAAUAUAAUCGCAUUGACUUUAAGUAAAUGGCAAAGGCUUUAAUAUUAUUCGAAUCUUGUAGGUUUUAUGUACAAUUUUGUUUAAAGCUAAUUCAGUCCAGCUGUGGUUGAUUUCUUUUGUUACAUAUGAAAUAAAGAUGUCCAGGUAUGAAA